AUGAACAGAGGAAGAGGAGGAUUCAGAGGCGGUCGCGGAGGCAGAUCCGGGCCACCAGUGCCGCAAGGCCCACCAGAUAAGGUCUUCGAGAUGGGGGAGUUUGUGCACGCGUGCGAGGGAGACAUUGUUUGCAAGAGUAUCAACGAGAAAAUCCCAUAUUUCAACGCUCCAAUAUACCUCGAGAAUAAGACCCAGGUCGGAAAGGUGGACGAGAUCCUCGGACCUCUGAACGAGGUGUUUUUUACCGUGAAGCCGAGCGAGGGUGUCCAGGCCACAUCUUUCAAAGAAGGAGACAAAUUUUACAUCGCUGGUGACAAACUGCUACCUUUAGAGAGAUUCCUGCCGAAACCUAAGGCUGUUGGUCCAAAACCUCCAAAGAAGAAGAGCUCGCGUGGAGGUGCUUCUGGCGGCCGUGGCGGCGCUCGCGGAGGCUUUUUCAGAGGCAGAGGCGGAGCAAGGGGCUCCUCCAGAGGAGGCUUCUCUAGAGGCGGAAGCCGCGGAGGAAGGGGGUCGUUCAGAGGCAGAGGCAGAGGAUUCUGA